CUAACGGGUCUUACCCUUACCAUCGUUACCAAGUGUAGUGUAAUCCACUAAACUAACCUCUGCAGAAACGGAAGCCUGAUGUUAUAAGUAUGGCGACACCUUAUAGAGUUGCUUGAGGCCUUACAUUAUAGGGACUACUCGGACACGCACACUAACAACCGCACGAAAUAUGAUAUGCAAAAAACAAAAGUAACUGGUCUUUGGUGUUAGGUCGCGGCAAUACCGGCCGCCACGAAGAAUGGGUUGCGGAGCUUCAACACCUUCACAAGCAGUGCAGCAUGGAAGUCCUAUGCAGGCGAAGGACACUGCAACAAGUUGGGAGCUUGUACGAUGUUCGCCAUCAGGGCACGAACUGUUCCAAAAGCACGGCAUACCACCGGAAAUCGCCAAGGAGUUUGUGGACAAGCUUGGCUUCCGCAAAACUCAACACCUAAACCUCGUUGUCGAGGAGGACAUAAAAAAACCUCAAACUAGAGCCAAUUUUUGUCUGUUGGCACUGCGCUUAGCACGGCAGCAUGCACCCGACUUCUUGGCAGUGAUACAGAUGGCAGCAGCAGAGGCAACAACAGCACCCAAGAUGUUGGAACUGGUGCUGAGGUCUACAACUUGGCACUUGGAGUCAUUGCUGUUAGAUGUGGGUGGUGUCCUGACACCCGCUUUCUAUGAAACCUGGAGCAGUAUGGAGACCGCAGCCAAUGAUCUUCAAGCACCUUGCCUUGCCAAUUUUUACUCAAUGUUGGCUGGAGAGGCAGCACACCUGCAGGCUCUGGAGCUGCGCACCAAGGUGUUGGGCGC